AUGUCGAGUGGAGUUGGCCGACCGACGCUAAGCCAAUCUCCCAGUAAUGGGGAGCCCAAAUGUACCCUUCCUUUGGAGAAGGUGUUCUCCAUUCAGAUAGGAACUGAGCUCUUCCGUCUCUCGGGAGCUUCAAUUGCUUCCGAUGCUCCGUCAUACUUUUCCCGCUUCUUCGAGGAGCAGCUUCGCCUGAACGGAGACAUCUCCAACGUCAGGACCCUGUAUAUCGACCGGGAUCCCACCACAUUCAAGGAGAUUGCCAGGCAUCUGCAAGGCUACCAUAUACAGCCCAAAGAUGGGCCACAGUUCGUCAAAUUUUUUGCGGAUGCCCAAUUCUAUAGCCGUAGGAGACCCGUCCACAACAUCAUUUUGAGAAAGCAAGUACUGACACUACCAGUUCCUCGAUUGAUCUCCCAACUCUUCGAGUCGGAGAUCUUCGUCCGAAUUGGCGGUCACAACUUCCAGAUUCCUCGCGAUAUCUUCUCUAGCCCAGGGGAUUCGCCGAAUUUCUUCACAUUGGGAUUUGCCGCCUUCUUCGCCUCGCCACUGGAAGUAUUUCCCGGGCUCGACCGUCAGGGUCUCCUGCGACCUCCGGCAAUCACCCCACCCAGCGUCCCCAGCCGCUCGGGAGAGGUUUUUGCGCAGCUCCUCCAUCUCCUUCGCGGAUAUCCUCUGGAUAUUCGAAACGAAGCGCAUCGUGCAGAGCUCCUGCGGGAUUGCCGCUACUUCCAUCUGCGCGGUCUAGAGCAGCAGCUCAUACCGCACCAUAUCAGCUUCAAUCCCAUCCGCAAACGGGAUGAGAUUGUCAUUCGACUCGAGGACGUCCGUCGGUCAGGCAUCGACGUAGAAGACAUCGCUCUUCCUCCCGGUCACACUCAGGCCGACACCAUGUCUGCAGCCUUGGUCACUUACUCUCGCCCGUUUGUCGAUGAUAAGAAGUACGAUCUCAUCCUCGAGAUAGGGGACGAAAGCACCAUCCUCGACAUCACCAGCAGACGUCCCACCUUUCUGGGCACCACGAAAGCCCGCGUAAGCAGCCUUCUGCAGGUGAUAGCGGGGAAGAAGGGCGACCAGAACCGCCCAGCGGGACAAAAAGAGAGUGCACCAGAAGACCGUCUCUGGGCCUCUCUCUCAAUGGAUACCGACAUGACCGUCGAUGGAGAAAGGGAGUACUUCCCCGACAUUCUCCGGGACAGCAUGUCCGGCUCGGAGAACCUGUCAGAGGAGCCGUCGAGGAAGCGCAAGCGCGUUGAAGAGGCGUCCAUUAAUCGUCCGUGGAUUGUCCGCAACGGACAGUGGCGGCUGUGCAUGCAACCGAGGGCCAAGGGAGAUGGGAUGGAUAUCGUCAUGAUUGCGGUGAAGUUGGAGGUGUAUACGUUGCAGCGGACGCGGAAUAAGCAGAGGAAGUUCCUCUCCUCUUGA